CUAAUCACAACUUCGUUAAAGGUAUGGACCACUCUUGACACCUUGUGCAACGGCGAUCACCAUCCCCGUCACCGCAUGGAUACAGGUUCCAGGAAGUCCCGCCAUCCACCCCAGGCGUUGGCAGUCCGGCGCUGGUUGGAUUGUCCGCCACAACAGGAUCAUCGGCCAUGUCGCGCGUCGCUACGGCCCUCCGGAGCGGUUUGCCACCUUUACCAAAUUUCAAAUACUUGCACACUUCUAUCUACAGUCCAGGGAAAGAGUCUCACACCAUGACCUCUCUCCUUGCGGAAGGUGAGAGUUUUGGACCACCGCUGCCAGGAGGACUGGGAAGAUUGAAUGCUGGCGUUCAAUCAGCAUAUCCGGCAAGGGGAAUGGCACGUGAAGGUGGGUAUGUGCAUGAUGGCCAUGGUACGGGGGCCAGUGUUGAACGACCACAUACAACUCCUCCAACACUGUCCACAUACUCCAUGUCGGCGGGAGGGGGGGGUUGUCCAUUUGCCAUCUUUCGCACCAGCGCCAGUGCCAGCGAACUCCAUGUUCGGGAGAGGGGGGGGGGUGUCCAUUCGCCAUCUUUCGCACAAGCACCGGCAAUCUCCAUGUCGGGGGGAGGGGGGGAUGGUGUCCAUUUGCCAUCUUUCGCACCAGCGCCAGCGAACAUCACCCACGUUCGACCGCAGUUUAUGUACUCUUCCGACAACAGACUAUACCGUGCUUUUGCACCUUUGGCAGGGGCGGCCAUCUCUGCCACGACUGGUGAUGUCCAGACGGGAAGCCAUUGUCAUGACUAUGAUGAUGGAGGAGAUCCCAUCAUCGACGCCGGCAUGGGUGACGCUUUCGCCGAACCCACUGUUGACAUUACGGGGACCCAAGGUGGAGGACGUGCGACUUUACACAUCGACGACGACGAAGGGGCUACGCAGUCUGAUGAUGUCGUUCCAUGGUCGGAUCGUGUGAAAAGGUCUGCACGGGCGGAGGGGGGAGGUCGUGGGGGACAAGACAAGGGCAAGGCGAGAGUUCGGGGUCCCGACUGGACAAAGAAGGAGAGCAUGGGACUGGUGAGGAUGUUGUUCGAGGAAGACUGUGUGCAGCAAAGCAGGCGGGGGAGGCAGAAGAUCAGGGGGAGACGGGAGAAGUAUGAUUGGCUUAUUGGGAAAAUGGUGGAGCAAGGAUUCCCCAAACGCACCAUGGAGGACUGCGAGUCGAAGUUCUAUGGCCUUCUCGACAAAGGGAAAAAGAUCCGCGAUUACACCGACAAAUCUGGCAAGCCGAGCUACUCGGACAUGUCACGUUCAGAGAAAAAGGAGGCGGGCCUUCCAUUGGCGUACGAGAAAAAGAUGUUUGAUGCCCUGCAAUUGAAGCUUGGGAAGGCGCAUGGCUCGUGCGAGGGCAUGAUGCACAAUGUGAAUUUGCAGGGAGGGCAGACCAGCACGGUGACAGAUGAUGAUGAAACCGGUGGCGGCAACGAGAGUGGAGGGAGUCAGCGAAAAGCAGACAGCGACAGUGCUGACGAGGCGAAGUUUAGGAGAACCGGGAGAGGGAGCAGCCACAACCGGCGAUCGGCGCCAGAGAGUUCGAGUGACGCUUCGAGGAAAGGUUCGUUCGCUGACAUAGAACGUGCUCUUGUCGAAGCGAAUGACCAUCAUGCUGACAAGAUCGCGGGGAGUUUUGUACAGGCCAUGGAUGGGAUGAACAAGACCAUGGCAGAAGGAUUCCUGAAAGGGAGCGUGCACGCGUCGUGGCGACAUGUCGUCUUCUCCGCUGCGCGUGUUGGCGAGGUUGUAGACAUGACGGGCGAUUUCGCGCUCACCCACAGGUGCCUCAUCGAACAGCUUGAAGCGCAUGAGCUUGCACGGAAGCGGGGUGUGUUGUUCGCGCGCGUGUCGAGUAUGGUGGACAAGCUGCAGCAACUAUAGGGCGAGCUGGAGAAGGCAAACAUGAGGAAAGGUGUGGCCGUGUCAAGGGCCGAAGCUGCGGAGCG